GUCUAAAAAAUCGGAUAAUAAAAAAGUUUGUUUGCUAUUACACAUUUUGAGACAUUUGAAAAAUCGUCAACUAUUUAUUUUUGCAGUUCUAAAUAAAACAUUUUCAGCUUACAAACAUGGGCGACUCACCGGACGCGCAUAGCAAAGAGAAUUUAGAGGCCAAGGAACCCAGUCCAGAGCAAUCAGCUAAGGAGAAACCCGUUGCCAAGACCAAAGAGGGCAAGGAGAAAAAAGGCAAAGAGGAUAAAGAUGAUAAGGGUCGCACAUCGAUUGGCCUGGGAUUGGCGGGCAUAGGAGGACAGGCAAAGGCUGCACCACGUUUUGCGCCCACCUAUCGCCUGGAGCCAAAGAAUCCGUUGCGCAAGGAGCGUCUAGAGAUCAUUAUCAAGGCCGAGAUGGAUAAGAACUAUAACGAGGAGUACACAUUCCAUCCGAAGCAUUCGCUGCUGAUGGCUGCCCAAGUCAGCGAGGAUAUCAAGACACGCAUCAAAGCAUUAAAUUUCGAUCGAUAUCGUUACAUUGUGCUGAUCACUGUGGGUGAAUUUCUUAUGCAGGGAUUGUAUUCGCUGGCUAAUUUCUUGUGGGAUGCCGAAAAAGAUGGCUAUGUUAAUUACACAAUCGAGACGCCGAAAUUCUUUGCCGUUUGCACAGUGUUCUACAUUUAUUUUGACUAAGGAAAAGACGCUUUUAAAUUCAGUUUUAUUUAUGAGUUCAAUUGACGUGCAAGCUGAUUCUAUGUGAAUGUUGUUUAAUUUGACGAACGACAA